AUGUCAGGUCUGUGGUUGACUUGGAACGUCCGUGGGCUUGGAGAUAUAACAAAUCGAGAAGUAGUCAAAAAGGCAGUGUUGCAAUUGAAACCAGAACUUGUGUUGUUACAGGAGACUAAAUUGAAUGAACAACGGCAACGAACAAUAGCUUCAUGGUCUCAAAGUAUGCAUAUGCAGCAUGCUGAGUCUUCUUCUGAGGGAUCAGUUGGGGGAUUGAUGUGCUUGUGGUGGGAGAGUUCUUUGCAGGUCUUGACAGUGGCAGUAGAAACUUGGUUUAUUCUUCUGACUGUGAAACUUCUUAAUCUUGAUAACACGAUGUUGGUAGGAAAUAGUUAUGGCCCUCAUUCAGAGGCGGAUCGCAGACAGUGUUUUGAAGCCCUUCUGCAGCGUGUAAUGCGCCAUGGUGGGAUGGUGUGUCUUGAUGGAGACUUCAAUGCAGUUUUUCUUAGAGUCGAACGGUCUUCAGGAGGAGUUCUAGAUGCGGGUGAUUUAUCUUUUCAACAGUUUGUGCAGGACAGUAACCUACUGGAUUUGCUUUUGAACAAUGGAAAGUAUACUUGGUUCUCAAGCCGUAAUGAGGGCAUAUGGUCUCGUCUGGAUCGCUAG